AUGUAUUUCACAAAGAAGAGACUCAUUUCGACACCUGGAUUCAAUGAUGUUAUGACUAGGGACAGAUUUGAAGAAAUUUGUUUGUAUUUGCAUUUUGCUGAUAAUGCAAAGCAGGCUGACUAUGCUGGACCUUCGCAGCUGUUCAAAAUUCAUCCAGUACUGAAUCACUUGAAAGAUAAAUUCUCCUCUCUGUACACUCCAAAUCAGAAUAUUGCAAUCGAUGAGUCAUUCCGUUUAUGGAAAGGACGACUCUCGAUAAAGCAAUAUUUGCCUCUAAAAUCAGCGAAGUUUGGGUACACUCUGUGGAUGGACAAUUUUUACAAUAGUCCUCAACUGGCUUUCUAUCUAAAAUCUUAUCUGACCGACUGUGCCGGUACCCUGAGAAUCAACAGAAAAUCGAUCCCAGCCGCUGUCAGUGAGAAGAAAUUGAAAAAAGGAGAAAUCAUUGCACUACAUGAUGGUCCAGUAACAGUAAUGAAGUGGUGCGAUAAGAAAAAUGUAACAAUGAUCUCUAAAUUCCAUGAUCAUUCAAUGACAACUAUUACCAAGGGGCCGAAAGAAACGAAGAAGCCAAACUGUGUCCUCGAAUAUAACAAGUACAUGGGGGGUGUUGAUCUCCACGAUCAGCUGAUACAGCCUUUCCUAGUGGAAAGGAAGAGAAACAACAAGUGGUACAUGAAGCUCUUCAAACGACUCUUAAAUUCUUCAAUUAUCAAUGCUUAUAUAAUAUACAGGAAGAAUACUGGAUCACAAAUGAGUCAAUUGGAUUUAAGGACACAACUUGCCGAGGGUCUCAUUGCAAAGUAUAAACCGAACCUCAAGGAAACUGCUUACUCCGAUGUCACAUCGGUAAAACGACUGACUGAGAGACACUUCAUUACAAGAGUUCCCAAAUCCAACAGUAUACUGCAGAAAGCUCUGCAAAGGAGAUGUGUCGUAUGCACUAAGCAUUGCA